AUGUCCGUCCCGGGCAACAUCAACACCGCUCCACCCCCCUCCUCCUUCGACGACGAUCCCGACUUCUACGAGGAAUCCCGCUGGAACAAGCUCCGCCGCCGCAUCGUCGAAGAACCCCUCAUCCCCCUCGGCUGCGCCCUAACAUGCUGGGCCCUCUACGAAGCCACCCGCUCUAUCCGCACCGGCGACAAGGAGCGCACGAACCGCAUGUUCCGGCGCCGUAUCUACGCGCAAGGGUUCACGCUGGCGGCCAUGUUCGUAGGGAGUAUCUAUUGGGAAGGUGAUCGGAAGAAGCGGAAGGAGUUCUCGGGGUUGGUGGACGAGAAGAAGAAGAAGGAGAAGCAUGAGGCGUGGAUUCGGGAGUUGGAGAUAAGGGAUCAGGAGGAAGAGGAGUUGAGGAGGGUGAGGGACAGGGUGAGGGAGGGGCAGGCGAAGGCGAGGGAGAAGGUGGUGGAGAAGGCGGAGGGGACGGCGAAGCAGGUAAAUGAGAAAGCCAAUGAGGUGAACGAGAAGGCGAAGGGGGUUGCGAGUGAGGCGGUAAAAGCGAAGGAUAAGGCGGUGGAGAAGGUGCAGGAGAGUGUGAGGAGUUCUCUCGAAGACAGUGAGCGACGAGGGCCGAUAUUGAGUGCUGCGGCAGAUCUGUGGCAAGGCAGGAGAUGA